AUGGAGCCAUCCGGAAGCAGUUCGGCUCGUGGCCCUCGAUUACCGAGUUAUAUGAUAGAAGGUGUUGGAGCCAGAGUCGUUCGUGGUCCCGAUUGGAAGUGGGGCAAACAAGACGGAGGUGAGGGACACUUAGGGACGGUCAGGAAUUUUGAGUCACCAGAAGAAGUUGUAGUCGUCUGGGAUAAUGGUACCGCUGCUAAUUACAGAUGUUCCGGGGCAUACGACCUUAGGAUUCAAGACAGUGCUCCUACAGGUAUCAAGCAUGAUGGCACCAUGUGUGAUACGUGUCGACAGCAGCCAAUUUUUGGCAUCCGUUGGAAGUGUGCAGAAUGCACUAAUUAUGAUUUGUGUUCUGUUUGUUAUCAUGCAGACAAACACAACAUGCGACACCGUUUCUAUCGAAUUACCAUUCCUGGAAGCGAAAGGGUCUUGCUUGAACCACGGAGAAAAAGCAAAAAAGUUACUUCUCGGGGUAUUUUCCCUGGUGCCAGGGUUAUACGGGGUGUAGACUGGCAAUGGGAAGACCAGGAUGGUGGCAGUUGUCGAAGAGGGAAAGUGACAGAAAUCCAGGAUUGGAGUGCAGCAAGUCCACGGAGUGCUGCUUAUGUUUUAUGGGAUAAUGGUGCUAAGAAUCUCUACAGAGUUGGAUUUGAAGGAAUGGCUGAUUUAAAAGUAAUAAAUGAUGCAAAGGGAGGCUCUUUUUAUCGAGACCACUUGCCAUUACUAGGGAUGACUGGUGAACAUUCACCAGGCUCCCGUGCUGGAGUGGGUGGUUUAACUAUCGGUGACCAAGUAAAUGUUGACUUGGAUUUAGAGAUUGUCCAGUCACUGCAGCAUGGCCAUGGGGGAUGGACAGAUGGUAUGUUUGAGUGUCUUGGAACCACAGGUACAGUGAUUGGCAUUGAUGAGGACCAUGAUAUUGUGGUAUCUUAUCCAAGUAGCAACAGGUGGACCUUCAAUCCUGCAGUCUUGACCAAAGUAAAUGUUUCGUCCAAUGCAGCCUCAGCUUCCAGUGAAAGUGCAUCAAGCAAUUCCCUUUUUGCUGUUGGAGAUCUUGUUCAAAUCUGCAGUGAUGUGGAACGCUUGAAACAGUUGCAAAGAGGACAUGGAGAAUGGGCUGAAGCAAUGCUGCCUACACUUGGCAAGGUUGGCUGUGUGCAACAAAUCUACCAUGACAGUGAUUUGAAAGUGGAAGUUUGUAGCACGUGCUGGACUUACAAUCCAUCAGCUGUCACCAAAGUUGCCUCUGCAGAUGGAACUGCAGUGACCCAUUCAUCAGGAGAAAGACUGAGUGCUCUUUUAAAAAAAUUGUUUGAGACGCAUGUUUCAGGAGAUGUGAAUGAAGAACUUGUGAAAGCAGCUGCCAAUGGAGAUGCUAGCAAGGUUGAAGAAAUUCUGCAACGUCCAGAAGCCGAGGUGAAUGGUGUAUUUGCUGGUCAUACAGCUUUACAAGCAGCUUCACAGAAUGGUCACAUGGAAGUUAUUAAAACAUUGAUGAAAAAUGCUGUCGAUCAUGAAAUUGAGGACAAAGAUGGAGAUCGUGCUGUUCACCAUGCAGCUUUUGGAGAUGAGCCUUCUGUGAUUGAAUUGCUCCAUCGAGGAGGAUGUGAUUUAAAUGCCCGUAACAAAAGGCGACAGACACCUCUGCAUAUUGGUGUCAAUAAGGGUCAUAUUGGCGUUGUCAAAUGUCUCCUUAGCCUUGGAUGCCAUCCAAGCCUUCAGGAUUCUGAAGGUGACUCCCCACUUCAUGAUGCUAUCAGCAAGAAACGUGAUGAUAUGAUCACUUUGCUAUUGGAACAUGGAGCAGAUAUCUCCAUUACCAAUAACAACGGCUUCAAUGCCCUCCACCAUGCAGCCCUCAGAGGCAAUCCAAGGUAA